AUGCCACAACCACCGCAGUCAUUAAUAGAGUUACCUAAUGAUAUCUUGGAUAUCAUAAUAUCACAAUCAUCAUCAGACUUGUCUUCAUUAUCAUCUGUUUGUAAGUCAUUGAAGCAUUUAAUCAAUCCUAUUUUAUAUAAACAUAUUCUUAUUUAUGAUGAUGAUCAUUCAUUUAUGAAGAUUAAUAAUGAUUCCAAUAUUCAGUCAUUUAUUCAUAUUUCAAAAUUGAGUCAAUUUAUCAAUUCAUUGACUAUUUCUAAUUUCAAAUUAAUUCAAUCCAUUCAUAUUCAUUGUCAUUCAAAUUUCGCUCAAUUUGAUUAUUAUCAAUUAUACCAUAUAUUAAAUUCCUUUUGGAAUUUAACUAAUCAUUCAAUAGAAUUUAUAAACUUUGAUGUUGAUAAUAUUAGAAAGUUUCAAUCUAUUAAUCAAUAUCUUCAUAAUAAGAAUUGUACUGAUAUUAUUGAAGAAAAUGACGAAGAAUUAGCAUGGACCAAUGUUCCUACUAAUAAUAAGUUGGUUAAUCUUAAGAAUUGGUCUAUUUUGAAUAUUCAAGAAUUACAUAAUUUGCCUUAUAAUCCAAAUUUAAAUAAUUUGGAUUUAUUUAUUGAAAGAAAUUCACAUGGUAGCGGUUGUUGCAUCCCAGCUUCAUCCAAUUUAUCAUUAAAUUUCCAAUUAAUAAGAUCAUUGCAUUUAAAUACUACAAUUUCAACUUCAAUUUUCAAUCAAUUAUCAGUUAAAUGUACCAGUUUGGAGAAUUUAUCAGUAUCUUAUAGCCAUUCCUUUAAUCAACCACCAUUAUCUAUGGAAUCUUUGGCUAAUAAGAUUGAUUUUAAUAACUUGAAACAAUUGGAAUUGAAAUUGAAUUGUUUACGUCAUGAUUGUAAUUGUAUUAAUCAAUUUUAUCAUGAUUUAUCACUUGUAGUUGAUCCAUAUAAAUCAAAAUUAUCAAAAUUAUCAAUUAUUAAUUAUAAAGCAAAGAAUUCUACUAAUAAUUUACAACAAUAUAAUUAUUUAAUAUGUCAUCAAUUGAAUGAUUUAUUUGAAAAAUUCACCAAGAUUGAAUACUUGUAUUUUAAUAUUAAUGAAUUUUUGAAAAUUGAUCAAUUAAAGAUUGAUUGGAAUAAGUUUUUAAAAUCAAUUGAGAAAUUAAAUUAUUUAAACGAUUUAAUUAUGGUUGACUUCUUUAAUUGGUGGUUGCCUUCAAUGUCCCAAUCGAUAUCUCAAAAUAAUGAUAAUAAUCAAUCAAGUUUACAACUUUUAUUAAAUUCAUGUCAUUGCUCAAAUUGUAAUAAGAUUAGAUUUAAAUUUAUUUCAAUGAGUGAAUAUGAUGCCGAAAACAAUUAUACUCAUAAUUUUAAUAAGUUUAAUUAUGAAGAGGAUAAGGAUAUAGAUAAUCAAUCAAUUAAUAAGAUUAUCAUGAAUAAAUCAAAUUCAAAAUUCUUAAAUUUUAUUUAUAAUCAAUUCAAAUCACAAUUUAAUGAACCAUUAAUAUAUGGAUUAAUGAUCGAUUAUUUCAAAGAGAAUAGAGGUUUAUUUCAACAAGAUUUUCAACAAUUAUUUAAACAUAAUUGUUUGAAUGGUUUAUCAAAUCAAAGUCAUCAAAAUAAUAAUCAAUUGAGAAUUAAUUUUGGUGGUAUAAUAGUUUGA